CAAAGUGGUUCAGAACACUCAACGGCUGCCCAGCAUGAGCAGCGCACUGCCCGUGGGAUGGAUGGCGUACAAGACGGCAGACGGCAAGGAGUACUACUACCACGCACAAUCCAAAGUCACCCAGUGGAACCGACCUAAAGCAACCACCUCCUCAACCAGAUCGUCCACAGCAAAGACGGCAUCGUCCGAGCCGGUGUCUACUCCACCCGCAUCUGGAGGAGGUGGUGGUGAUCGAGGUGGGCUCUUGGCGCAGAUUGCCCAAGGCAAAAAGUUGAAAAAGACCAUCACACGGGAAAGCUCCCCGCUGGACGCUGUCAAGCCCUCCACGUCGACUUCGUCCAGUGACCCAAGUAGCAGCAGCAGUGGAGGUGGCAAUCCCCUGUUUGCAGCCAUCGCGCAAGGGGCCGCAGGACUAAAGAAGUCGACUCAUCGGACGCCGUCGAUGCGGGCCAGCGAACAGCCCAGUCCCACCGACGCUUCUUCUUCCAGUGGGGGAUUUGCUGACAUCAUGCGAAAGAAUCGGGAGGCGGCAGCGAAGCGCGCUGGAAACACCGAGACUUCCAUCACAACCACGAGCAGCAACGCCGGCGGAUCGACCAGUCCCGUGCUGCAGCCGUCUUCGUUCCGACAAUCCCUCCCUGUUGCCGCCACGUCAUCGGGCGAAUUCGCCGACCAGUUGAAUCGUAUCGAAGCCAAAUUAGACAAACUCCUGGCCCAUUUAAACGUCAACUAACUACAGAACCCCAUACAGUGCUCCGAA